UAAAAAAAAAAAAAACCAGAUUCGUCGUUGAACUCAGAUUGAUUCCGCGAAGAAGAAAGAUGGAGAAGAAGGAGGAGAAGAAAUCUCAGAUUUCGUCAACGGAAGCUGUUCUUCUCGGAGCUCUAGCUCCAGGCGUUAACGGUCCAACAUGGAACACUCUGAGAUUCGCGUUUCUACUACUGGGUCUUUGUCUAGCUUUCAUGCUCUCUGUAGCUUUCACCAGUGGCCAGUCUAUGUUGCUUGUUCAUGUUGGUUUUCUGAUUAUCAUCGCUGCUUCUCUCUUUAUCCUUCUCAAUUGGUUUCUUGAUCAGACAGGCUUAGUACAAGUGGAGACACAAAUGCAAGAGCUGAAUUUGCUACCUAAUGAUAAAACCAAAUGACACAAAUGCACACACCGGUAGAGGCAGACACGUGUGUAACAGAACAGUUAACUACAGAUACUCUUUCCUUGGUACUAGCAUAUAGGAGGAUUGGAUUUGGUACAACAAGAAGAUCCAGUUUCUAUUGUUGGUACAUAGCUUUUUUGGCACUCUUUCUUGUUACUCUUUCCUUGGUACUCUCUUCUUGUUUCCUUUUCUUUCUUUGGAUUGAGGAAAGAACAAGGGAACUGAAACAAGAACUUCGUCUUGAUCAGGAUUUUACUUGCUCGAUUCUCCAACAUUAGUUCCUCUUUUUUUGGUUUCCUUUAUUCCUUCCAUGUAAGAAGAUUAUUAUUAUUGUAUACUGAUUGUUAUCAUACG